UGACUUCUAACCCAAAACCUUACCUUUAUCCAUCUUCUCUAAUCCAUAGACAAAACCAUGGAGAGAGACCAAGAAAAAAUGCAGUUUCUUGGGUUCUUUGGUGUCUUCAAAGAAUCCUACAUGAUCAUGUUUUCAUGGAGGAAGAUCUUUAGCCUGAUUACCUUAACUCUAAUCCUCCCUCUAUCUCUCAUCUUCCUGAUUAACAUGGAAGUAUCGCAAGUCAUGUUCGGUGGCAUUUUAUUUUACUCAGAGAGAAUAUCCAGAACCAAGUUUGGAACACCCCACCAAAAAAGGCUUAUUAACACGAUCUCCAUAGAAUGGGCCUCCUUCAUUAUCUUCAAACUCAUUUACUUUGUUUUCUUCCUCAUCUUCUCCCUCGUCUCCACCUCCGCGGUGGUUCAUACCAUCGCUUCCAUCUAUACUUCCAGAGAGGUAACCUUAAAAAAGGCCAUGGGUGCCGUGGCGAAGGUUUGGAAGAGGCUUGUGAUAACUUUCUUGUGCACCUUCGCGGCUUUUUUUAUUUACAAUGUGGUGGCAGGGAUAGUUUUAUUCAUAUGGGCACUUACAAUUGGAGAAAAUAUAUAUGGGAUGGCAACUUUGUUGGUCAUAGGGAUCUUAUAUAUCGUUGGGUUUAUCUAUUUGGCCGCGGUUUGGCAACUAGCUAAUGUUGUGAGCAUGUUAGAAGAUUCUUCAGGAAUCAAAGCCAUGAUGAAGAGCAAUGAGUUGAUAAAGGGGAAGAAGGGUUUGUCCUUGAUCAUCACUUUUAUGCUUAGUGUUUUCUUCUUUUUGAUACAGUUUUUGUUCUCCAUGGUGCUUUUGAGGCUGUUCCAUGUGGGCUUGGUGUGGAAAAUAGCAUCCGGGGUUUUGUGUCUCCUUCUGUUGUGUCAUUUGUUGCUUUUGAUGCUUGUGAUUCAAACUGUGCUCUAUUUUGUUUGCAAGUCCUACCACCAUGAGAUUAUUGGCAAGUCUGCAUUAUCAGAACAAUUGGAAGUAUAUCAAGGAGAACAUGAGCUAGUGAAGGCUACAGGUGUUCAGCAGGACUCACAUGUGUGAUAGCUAGAUAUGAAACAUUGGUGGUACGUAAACAACUAAUGGGGCCUGGAACAAACACAUUUGUGACUGUUUUAGACCGCCUCAAACUGAAAAGCUUGUAAAAAGACAAUAUAUGUUUGGUGGUUGUGUGUCGCAGGUGUUUUCCACUAGUUUAGUAUUAAUAGAUAUGAAAUAUCACGUAUCUGCCUGAAUAUGCAUAUGUAUAUACGUGUGUGCGGGUGAGAGAGAUUUAAAAGAGAAUAAAUAUGUAAAUUCGGUGUUGUUUAUUUACUUCAAGUAAGAAAUUGGGUGUUCUUUUGAUCCCUUUUUUUUC